AUGCACACGAGAUCUCAGGGUACACCGCCUUUCGGAUUACUCUGUUAUCAAAGAAGGAAAGGGUCAGGAAGUUCAGCCGGGUUUGAAAUUCAACAGGAUUCGCCGAGUCCAAUCAGAGAUAACCCAUUGUUUGAGAGUAGUGACAGUGAUCUAGAAGCUGAGUUGAUGGCCGACAAUAAUAACAACAACGCUGUCCCACCACCUGGAGGAAGGUUCGGUGACACUCUUAGGUCGGUAGUCGACUUUCUAGGAGAAUUCGCCUACGCGAAUGACAACGUGAACAUUCCUCCUCAUUACAUUAGCUUGGUGAACGGGGGAAAUCUCUUCCAUGGGCGAGACGAUGAGGAUCCGAUGAGCCACCUCAACGCGUUCUAUGAAUUGACGAACUCUCAUCGACCCCCGAAUGUGGACCAUCAUCAGAUUAAGAGGGCCUUAUUCCCUUUCUCACUGAGGGAUAAAGCACGGGCGUGGUAUGAUUCUAUUCCGGGAUACAACAUAGCCACAUUCCAAGAGUUGAAGAUGUUGUUCCUCUUGGAAUAUAACUCUCCGAUGAAGAUUGAGAAGUUGAGAGAGGAGAUCACUACCUUCCGACAGAAAUAUGAUGAGUCUUUUGCGGAAGCGUGGAAGAGGUUCACUGAAUUGCUUAGGAAAUGCCCGAGCCAUGGUCUUGCUCCAGGGCAUGAGCUACUCAAGUUCUACAAGGGACUCAAUAAUGAAGGCACGGGCUUGGUGACUGCAGGCUCUAAUGGGAACUUGGACGACUUAACUCACGAGGAAGUGAGAGCCCUGUUCCAAAGGUUGGCGAACAACCAAAGAAAUUGGCAUAAUCCAAGAAGAGCGGCUGAGAAGGUAGGAGAUACAUUUGGUGCUACCAAAGAUGCGGAAAGAGUGACAGCCAUUGAGGCUCAAUUGGCGGACAUUAGUACCCAGAUGUCUUCAACGACAAAAGCAGUGAAGUCUCUUCAACUGAAUCCUCAACCUCAAGCAGUGACUGUGAUGAAGUGUGGACUGUGCCAAGGUGGACACCAUACGGAUCAAUGUCCAAGUCUUCAAGGGCCACCAACGGAGGAUGUGAACUACAUUGGUAACAAUCAUCAAGGGUUCAACCAAGGCAAUCAAUACAACAAUCAGCAGAAUUGGAGGCCUCAACAAAUUCUCUCGUUUUUGACUAAGAGUCAAAGGGAGAAUGAGAAUUUCAAAGAGAAGACGGUGGAAAAGUUUGGACAGAUGGAAGCUACAAUGAGGAACCUCGAGACUCAAAUUGGGCAGAUUGCUACAGCAUCGCACACAAGAAUUCCUAAUGCUAUCCCGAGUGAUACGGUGCCCAAUCCUAAAGGUUUUGAACAGUGCAAGGCAGUUAAGUUAAGAAGUGGAAAGGAUCUUGAGUCUCCAAUCAUGCUAGAUGCACAAAAUGGCUCGAACAUCUUGCACGCAGGGGCGGACAAGUUGUUUGGCUCACAAACCUCGCACGCAGGGGCGGACGAGGGGAUUGAGUGGGCUACUACCGAAGCUAGGGAAUGUCAACAAGAAAAAGAAGAGUCAACCAUGAGUGAUAUCCACAAGAAGAAUCCACUAAGUCCGGCAAUGGACCCGAAGUGUCCAUUUAAUUUUCCAGAUUUUAUCCCGCCACCACCUUUCCCAGUCGAGAAUAAGAAGAAGGGUAGGAAAAUAAUUCAAGAGAAAGGACUCGAUUGGAUGAUGAACAUUAUCAGGAAAGUUAAUGUAGAUGUGUCCCUGGUGGAUUUGUUCCUACACUUUCCUAAAUUCUCCAAGUUUUUUAAGGAUCUUAUUGCGAAAAAGGAGAAGAUACAAGACGAUGGUGUGGUGAUAUUGAGCGCAUUUUGCUCACAAUUUGUGAAGGGAAAGAUGCCGGCAAAGAGAAGAGACCCUGGAAGCUGUGUGAUCCCAUGUGAGAUGGGAGAUAAGGAGUUCCCAAAGUGCCUACUGGAUCAAGGCUCGGGAAUAUCAUUGAUGGCUCUGAAAACCGCACGGUCAAUCGGUCUAGAAGCGAGGAUUGAACCAAUCGACAUUGACCUACAAUUGGCGGAUCAUUCAAUUGUGAAACCAAAAGGUAUCAUCGAGGAUGUCUUGGUGAAGGUUGAUAGAUUUGUACUCCCGGUUGACUUCAUUGUCCUAGAGAUGGAAGAGGACAAGGAUAUGCCUAUCCUUUUUGGUAGGCCAUUUUUAGCAACCGGUGAUGUUGUGAUAGAGACCAAGACAAAUACGGUCAUGUUUCGAGUAGAUGGAGAGAAUGUGGUGAUCAAGCAAGAGAAGGCGGGGAAGCGCCUAUUGGAGCCUGGAUAG